AUGCGUUCUUUUACACUGCUGCUGGCUGCGGCCUCUCUCUUCGACCUUAGCAUAGCUGGCUAUGCUUUGGAAGACGAUUACAUGACUGAUUUCUACGGCGCAUUCGACUUCUUUGACACAGCGGACCCAACGAACGGGUUCGUCAAGUAUGUCGACGAAGCCACAGCGAGGCAAACAAACCUCAUCAAUGCGUCUGUCACCACGGGUGCCGAGUGGGGUGUCGACUCUACCAACGAAACUCCAAAUGGCAGACCCAGCCUUAGACUUGUAAGCAAAAAGAAGUAUAGCACCGGGCUGGUAGUCAUGGAUGUGGCACAUAUGCCUACCGGCUGCGGAACAUGGCCUGCGUUCUGGAUGGUGGGACCUGACUGGCCGACUGGUGGAGAAAUCGACAUUCUCGAGGGUGUCAACGAGCAGACGAACAACGGCAUGACCCUUCACACAGCCCCUGGCUGCAAGAUCGGCCCUGACACCAGCAUAUUCGCCGGUGAGGUUACUACACCCAACUGCGACGUCAACGCCAAGAACCAAAGCAAGAACGUCGGAUGCUCUAUCGAACACCCCUCAACAGACAGUUACGGCGUCGGGCUCAACGCGAUUGGUGGUGGCGUGUAUGCGACACAGUGGACCGGUGAAGCUAUCAGCGUCUACUACUUCCCGCGGGGGUCGGUACCAGAUGACGUUCUUGGGGACACUCCCAACCCUGAUGGCUGGGGUCUUCCUGCUGCCAAGUUCACCGGCGGCUGCGACAUUAAAAGCAUGUUCAAGGAACAGCAAAUCGUCUUUAACACUGCCUUCUGUGGUGACUGGGCUGGUGCAGUCUGGGAGUCGGGCUCUUGCGCAAAGAAAGCUCCUACUUGCGAUGAGUAUGUGCAGAACAACCCGAGUGCUUUCAAGGAUGCCUACUGGACCAUCAAAGCUUUGAAGGUGUACCAGGACGACGCAAAUAAUGCCCCUGCGCCAUCGGCAUCUGGAGUACCGUCUCAGAGCACUGUAAUUUCAGAGCCUGUAUCGGUUCCCACUAACAACGCUACCGUGCCUGCGAUCUCUUCAGGCUACGCGACCAUCCCCACCAAGAUCCCCAGCAACGCCCCAAUACUCUCGUUCACAUCAGGCUCAUACGUCGAACCAAACCUAUCUGCCUCCAAGGAGCUACCAGCCGAGACCAGCGUGCCUAUCGCCAAGCCAACAUCGUCCAUCGUCGUGCCCACCUCCGAAGCCCUCGAGUCCUCCAAAUCACAGGCCAACACCGGAUACCUCGUUACAUCAACUUCAGCAGCCUCAACAACAUCCAAGGUCGCUACACCCACCAAGCCCGCCGACCGCGUGGGAGAUGACAGCAUGCCGGGCUUCCAAUGGCCCCAACCCAGUUCCGCACCAUCUUCAAACGCGACUCAACCCGCAGAGUCCACCGCAGCGCCUUCGGGCAGUAUGAUUCUACCUGUCGAGAACAUUCUUAGUUCCACUGCACCUGCCGCAGAGCCGUGGUCGACACCGUCGCUGCCAGCUAGUUCUACAGAUGCCUCAGCCCCGGCAACGCCCGUCGUGACCAAUACUAGAGUGGAGCAGAAGACAGUGUAUCAGACUGUCUACGAGACGGUCACGGCUGGGGAGGAGGCUACGCCUGCGCCGGGACUCAGUGGGGCGAGGGCAAAGAGGUUCUUGAGGGAGCACAGGAGGAGGGGUGUUGGGCACCAUGCCAGGAUGUAA